AUGGCAGAGCAUAGCAGUGUGAAAAAAAGGAGAACUAGAUAUCAGGUUCCACAUACUGAUAAUGAAAUUAAUGUUCUUGCCCAAAUACAUAUUAACCCUGAAAAUUCUACUAGGCGAAUAGCUAAAGAAUGUGUAGUAGGAACCUCCACGGUUAAAAGAAUUUUAAAGAAACAUAAAUGCCACGGGUAUAAAUUUCAAAAAGUCCAGAAAUUACACGCUGGAGACUCUGAUAGAAGACUGAUCUUUUGUCAUUCAACAAUGAAUCCCAAUUCAAGGGAAAUGAAAUGUUUAGAAAUGGUGUUUAAGCCUACUCCACCAUAUAAGCCAGUGAAUUUGCCAUCAAAUGGGCCUUCUACGAGCAAAUGUGCUGAAGUUAUAAAGACAGAAUAUUCCAAUUUAAAAAGUGACGAGCUUGCUUUAAAUAAUAUUCCAAUAUUGAUUAUUCAAUCCGAUGAAGAUUUACUUCCAAAUGGUGACCUAAUACAAUUAGAUAGUACGGUUAAAAAUAAAACAUUUAAAUGCAUUCAUGCUUGA